AUGUCGUCGUUGACAACAUCAGUUGAACUCGAUGAUAUUCUGGACGUGGAUACGACUUUGAUGACUCUCAGGAAACCGACGGAAUUGAAAAAAGUUAUCGAUUCUAUACCAAAACCGAUACGAGCUGUUCCAAAGAAUGGUUUGCCUCUCUGGUACAGACUGGGACUCGAGUGCAAAUUGCCGGUACCGAAAAUGCCCGAGGGUAAAAUCAUAUUCUCGCGCGGAAAAAUUGGAGAGGAUGUCCGACGCCUCGGUCUUGGAACUAAUGCACCUCGACCAACAUUCGACCUCACAGACCCAUACUGCAACAAUGUAUCAUAUGACUACGUGCCCAUGCAUGAUCCCCACUUGGCACAUCACUUUGCACAGAAACCAGCGAGGAAUCGGAUGAAAUUGCUCGGCUAUUGCACCAAAGAUGGAAGAGCAGUCUGUUCACUGAAGGAGUUUAAUCAGUAUCGUAAAUAUUUGUACAAUCAAUUCAUGGAUAGGAUCCACAUGGAAAUGAAAAUGUUGGAUGAGAGAGCCCGUGACGACUUAACGUUGAAAAGAGUAGAGGGUGAUGUCGCGAGGCGGCUACAAGUCUUCACGAAGUCGGAACGAGCGAGGGAACAUUUAGAAAAAGUGGCUCAGGAACACGCUGAUGAAUGGGCUGAGAAAAAGAGACAAGCUAAGGAACAGGAAAAGAAAAUUCAAGCUAGAAUGAAAUAUUUGGCCGAGUUUAAUGAAAAACAGCGUAAAGAGCGAGCGGCGAGGGCUCAUGAAAAACAGAAUAGGAUUAAACAGAGAGUACAAGCCGCAGCGGAGAUGGAACUGCGACGUAAGAUAACUAUGGUGAGACAAUGGAGAACAAAUGAGAAGAAGAGAUUGAAUCGAUUGAAGGAAGAAAGAGAAGCAAAACAGAAACGGCUAGAAGAUGAGGCGAAUAGCAAAUGGAAAGCACGUGUGGAAGCACAAAAUCUGAAGAUACAGGAGGAAGCGCUUCUCCUUAAAUUAUACACAGAGGACAUGAAAGCAGCUGCUACGAGGCGGGCCAAGAAAGCGGAAAUAUACGCAUAUAACACUGAUUUGGAGUUGCAACGCAUCAGACUUGCAAACUUGAAACUUAUGCACGGAGGAACGGCAAAAGCAGCGAAACUCGUUAGAAAAAUGGGAAUUGAAUUUGAAAAGUCAAAACGAGGCGCUAAAGGCAUGAGUCAAGAGUUGGCGCAGCGUUUGGCUGCUGAAGCAAUGACUUCAGCUGUUUCUACUCAAGGAGAUAGGCUCAUGACUCUUGGACAGGCCCGUGCACGUAUGGAUCUGGAGACAGUUCUACCUACAGCGCCCAUUAAACUGUUGGAUGAGAUGCUAGAAACUGCAAUAUUAGAGUUCUCGAGGAGACAUGUGGAUACGUUAUUGCGAGAUAUACAAAGAAUGGUUCGCUCUAAAUCUGCGUCGGUAUUCUUCCAAAGCAUACGACCUCCCAGUCCGAAGAAACGAUCAAAAACACCAAGAUGGUGUAUGCAAGUUGAAGCUGAGUUGACAAGGCAUUAUUCGAGGAACAAUACAAUAGUAUUUGGUGAGGUUGAAGACAUACCUAAUGAACACUUCGUAGAAACUGAGAUGAAGAGUUGUAGGGACAGACCGCCUACGCCUGUGCCGUCUAUGACGAAACUGGCAGAAGUGACGUUCUCAGAUCGCGUUGAAGAUCUUCCCGAUCCUGUUUCUAUACCGACCUUCCUACCUGAGAGAAGAAAGCUACUAGAGAUGGUGAAUGUGGCAGCUAGGCUGCUGUCUCGAUCGGUCAUUCAGAGAGUGUUCAAGGGAAUGGACUUGACAGUGGGAAAAGUGACGCUACCAAAUAUGAGACAUCCAAUGGAGUGGGGUGAGGCCGUUGAGGGUUUGUCCCAAGCGGUGGUGGACAGCCGUGUGAGUCCUGAUUGUGCGGACGUCAGAAGAGCUAGCGAGUUCCUCGCACACAGAAUACUGUGCUCACUGAUGAGAGAGAUGAAGGAAGAGAAGGCGAAACUGAAAUUAAACUUAAACUCGGAAGAUAAUAAAGAUUUUUAUACUCCUGGAAAUGUAUCGGCUGGAUAG